AGUGUGUGAUGGAGUGGGAGGAGCCUCAUGACAGCGCUCUUUACUGCAUCCAGACAGACGGAAAUCACAUGAUAGCCAGCGGUUCGUCGUACUAUGGUGUGGUCCGACUCUGGGACAAGCGGCAGACUGAGUGCCUGCAGUUCUUCCAGCUGAGCUCUCACCCAGUGAGCAGCCCCGUGUACUGCCUGAGGUUCAGCAACUCUCACCUGUACGCAGCCCUCGCCACCUGCCUGCACUCACUGGACUUCAGACACAGCCCCAACCACAUCAGAUGACAUGCGCACAAACACACACACACACACACACACACACACACACACACA